AUGGAUGCAUUACGUAGAAAUACAGUGGAGUUUCAGGAUGAAGUGUUUUUAACUGAGAGGGAGCAUGAAUCUGAAAUUGAUAGACUUAAGAGUGAGAAUAAAUCAUUAGUGCAGAGCUUGUUGAGAGCAAAAUUGGUAAACAAAGAGCUUAAGAUAGACAUGGAGAAGUUUGGCCCAAAAAUUAAAAAUGACUUAGAUACCGAAAGAUUAGAAAAUGAGAAACUAAGACAACGUAUAUCUGAUCUAACAAGAAUAAUUAAAGACAAGGAACAGGAAGUUGACUAUAAGACUGACGAAAUAGAUCAAUUGAAAAAAGAGUUGGAAAUGAAAGAUAGAGAAAUAACAAUGUCAAGACAAAACUUUGUUGAUGACUUAAUAGAGGAAGUUGCAGCCGGCAAGGAAGAUAUUAAAAACCUCAAUACCGAAAUCGGAAGAAUGUUGCAAAUUAACUGUAACUUGACUUAUGAUCUAGAGAAAUAUUUACAUGAUAUUGAUGAUCUGAAGCGUGAGAAUAGGAAACUUAAGGAGACAGGAAGUAAGGGUGGUGCAGUGGGUCAAUCAAGGAGAAUUGUUGGGCAAAGUAUCAAUAUCGGAAGAAAGACAAAGGACAUAGGAAGGGUUUCUGCUUCAAAUACUGAUGGUGUCCUUUCCUCAAGUGGUUCCAGUAGUAAACAAAUAGAAACAUCCUUGCCCAAUGAACUAUCAGCUAUAGAUCGGCAUCAGCAAAUAGCAAGUACCGGCGGCUCUAUAACGCUUAUAUCUACACCUCCAUCUACACCAGUUUCAGCCUGUCCCAUAAUACCUACUAUGUAUUACAACCAGUCUACUUGCAAUUUGCACCAAAUGGUAGCAGUAGAUCCAAGUGAAUCCUCAAAUACCCAUCAAUGGGAUCACCCAAAAUUUGCUGACAUCAAACAGGCUAUUGACGAUUGCAACUAUAUAGCCUAUGCAAAAUACAGACUGGCUUCAAAAUUUCGAGUCCUACAGAGAUGCUUGUACGUCGAAGAAGUCCCUUUAUCCAUAAUAUCGUCGACAUUUGCGAAACAUAGAAUGUGCAAGAAUGAAGGCUCGUUAACAUUGGAAACAUGUGAUUUAGAAGCAUUACUUUCAGACAUAUAUUUUGCAGCCAACAAGCAAAACCAUACAAAUAUUGAUGUUGAUUUUGCAACAGAGAUUCUGAUUAAUUUUUUGUAUAACGUUUUUGAUUGUAACCGUGACGGAAAAAUUCAAGUAGUCUCAGUGAAAAUCCUAUUAGGGCUCCUAUGCCAUGGCUCUCCAAGUGAACUUCACAAAUACUUAUUUUUAUUAUACACAGAUCAUAAUAAUUGCAUAACUAGAAUUAGAUUACAAGGAUUACUAAACAAAAUUCUUGAAAUAAUAAAAUAUGUACAUGAAGAUACUUCAUUUGGGGAUAAAUCGUUGCACUUAGCAGUUGAAAAUUGCUUUCAAGACUUUCCUGGUUUAGUUGGGAUUACAGAAAAUAACUUUCUUUGUUGGUUUGAUUUGGAUAUACCAUUCUUAUCUUGGAUGCCUUUAAUAUUGAAGCUUAAAAGUGCAGAAACCAUAAUACAUUCUACAAAAUGCACUACAUGCAAUACAAGACCAAUAUUAGGAUUGAGAUAUCGUUGUGUUAAAUGUUUGAGGUAUACUCAAUGUCAGAGGUGCUUCCUAACUGGAAGAAUAAGUCAUUCUCAUAAGCUAUCUCAUUCUUUGAGGGAGUAUCAUGGUGCUAGUGCGAAUAAGGGCAAUAAUGGAUUUAUGAGUAAAAUAACUGGUGUAUUUUGUCCAAAAUAUGCAGACAGGAACUAUUCUAUAGUCAAGCCUGCCAGGCAGAUGGGAGUCGAAAAUAUAAAACAUCAUUCAAGUGAUGUUUUGUGUGAAGUGCUGCCUUUGUCAGCUCCAGAAAUACAACUCCAGACUGUUAUAAGGCAGCUGGAAUCUCAAAAUAGAGAAUUGCAACAAAUGCUAAUAUUUGGAAAUUACAAUGAAAAGGAUUUGAGGAAGUAUUUGGAAGAGUAUAGAUAUUUUAUGGCCGGGAAUAUAAAAAAAUUGAAGUUUCUCAAGGUGGGUACCAUUUUGAACCAAAUCAACAAUCAAGAGCGCACUUUGGUGCAGUACCCAAUAAGCCAUGAUAUUCAUUCCACUCCAAUGCAACAGCCUAAUAAGGUUGAUGGAAAGGAUGAAAAUUCAGAUAUAAAAUAUUAUGGAAGUCCUAUAACAACUGCUGUUGUGGCUUCAAUUGAAGAGAACCUUGAGGCAAAAAAUAAACGUUUUAAUUAUUAUUACAAAGGAUAUAAUACACCUCCUAUAUCAGAACAACCAAAAUCAGCUAUUUCUAAAUCUCCAGUGAAAUUACUGCAAAAUGAUUUGGAUGAAGCAUUGGCAAGGCUGCAACAAAUAUUGGCAAACAAUUUUUCCCUAGAAGAUUCCUUUAAUAUGGAUAAUUUCAAUUUGAAAUAUGCUGUAACGGAAGUUGAAGGAAUGUUGACUUCUAUUAUAGACAAUGUUGAGUCCAGUAGGUGCAGUUCUGCGUUGAAUGGCCGUACGAAAACUUAAAGCUAAGUUUUAAAUGUUUAUGGGAAUGUCUCUAUCCAAUUCCUUUUUUUUCUGCCAUAUCUUGAUGAAGUUCAAUUUAAAUUAUCCACCCUCGGAUUAUUAAUCUUCCGAUAAACUUGCUAAUAUUUAUCUUUAAGACUAAUAUACCAAACUAGUAUCCGACUGACCAAUGGGAUCAUAAUAUAUUGUGUUCCUUUCUGUCAGAUUGCUUGCAUUAACUGAGAGUUCAUCAGAAGGUGAAUAAACACGGCCUAAAUGGCUGAAACAUUGCAAUAUUUCAAUCGACUGUUAUAUACCUAAGUAUACUGUUUGUUUCAUGAGGGUUUGUACUUUUGACUUCCUUUUUUAACAAAUAAAAAUUGACUGAAACAAAUUAAAUUAAUGACGUCAAAAACGUUCGUCGGUUCUUAAAACCAGAGGGUCAAGUGGGGGAAAUGUAGGUAAACACUUUUAGAAUUUUCUCUGAUAAAGAUAAAGCAUCUCAUUUAACUGAUUUGUUCACUAGUGGCCCUUAUUAAAAAGGUAUGUAUGUUAACAUAUGGAAAGGUUGAAGAACUUAUGUAUUUACAGAAGUACAUGCUCCUGCUUGUUUACAUUUACCCCAUAUGUAUUUACUAUACAGUGUGAUUUUUUAAGUGUGCAACAUAUGGGGAUUUUUUUUAGUACUAGCACAACCCAAAUACAAACAAAGGCUAAAAGUUGGUGCAUGUGACAUGUCUGAUAAUCAUAUCAGGUACAUACACUUAGAAUGGUUGCAAGUCAAACAGCAUACAGGGUAGCUCAAACAAUAUCAAAGCUGUACUGUAAAUUACCCCUAUUUUAGAAAAUUCAGCAAAAUAUUAUAGGGAAAAGUUGUUUGGAAUUAAGGUUUAAAGUCAGGCCUAUAGCUUAUUACAGCAACGCGAGAUGUCAA